CUCAUCAUGCCAUGCUGAAUAAACCUCAAAUCGUAUUUGUAUCGAUAAGAACAAUCGCAUGGAACGCGCUCUGCUGCUGGCGUCUGACGUCAAGGGCAGCAUUUCCUCUCCAACCUCCACGACCGCUGCAAAUGCGCGCAUGCUCGCAGCUUGCACAGCCCAAAGUCGACCGUGUGCGUGUAGGCAGACAUGGGUCUGAUCGCGUCAGUGCUAUUCAUCUUAUCGGUGCGACUCGUCUUCGGCCAUCCUGGUGGUAUCGAUGUAGACGAGGACCCGUCUAGCUUGUCAGCAGAUCGCAUCGUGCCAGACUACGUGACGCGCAAUGCACCUUUAAUCUGGCUGCACUCGGAAGAUCCGUUCAGACCCUCCGACCUGCUCCAGCACAUUCAGCACACGACACCCAGAAUUGACGGAGACAGCAUCCCGGAUCUGCCCCCCCUCGACCUGGACAACCUCGAAUUGCUCAACGAUGUGCGCAACGGCACCUCCCACGUCGCGCUGACCUCAAACGAUGAUGUGACGACCUGGCCCUCGUGGAUGCUGGGCCAGACACCGGAUCCCUCGGGAAGGAUCGCCAACGCGACAGCCUGCAUUGUGAUUCUCGUCGAGAAGAGCGCCCGUGAUCUUGACGCCUUUUACUUUUACUUCUACUCAUAUGACCGGGGCCCGAAUAUCACGCAGGUCAUGGAGCCGCUGAACCGGCUGAUCGAGGAAGACGGAGGCGGUAUGCACUUUGGUGACCAUGUGGGCGACUGGGAACACAACAUGGUCCGUUUCCGUGACGGGAAACCCACAGGGAUCUACUACAGCCAGCACGUGGACGGGUCCGCAUUUGACUGGAGCGACAAUAGCUUGAUGAUACAGGAUGAUCGGCCCCUCGUAUUCAGCGCAUAUGGAUCGCACGCAAACUAUGAGUCUCCCGGCGAGCAUAUACACGACAGCGCCUUGAUAGACUACUGCGACGCAGGACAGCUCUGGGAUCCGAUGCUCUCGGCCAACUUCUACCAUCUCGACCCGGACACCUUUGAUCUCACCCGUCUCGCCCUCGCAGACGCCGACGAUGCUGUAGAGACCAAUCAGACCUCAUUCUUCUACUUCAAGGGCCGAUGGGGGGACAUCCAGUACCCCGACUCGGACCCGCGCCAAAAGACGGUACCGCACUUUGGCCUGAAGCGCUUCGUCACGGGGCCGCAGGGUCCGAUCGUGAAGCAGCUCGUGCGCAAGGGUCUCUUCCCCGACAGGCGGCACAAGAAGCCGUGGGUGCAGUGGGCCGUGGGCAUUUUCAUGUCCUGGUACCCGUGCUGCGUGCGCGGCUGGAGGAUAUGGAUGUCCGCGACGGUGGUGGUGGUUGGCGUCCUCGUCAUGGCUCUAUGUGUCCGACUCGGCGUGAAGCGCUUCAGGCGUAGAUCGAGGGGAUACAAGAGGGUCGACACGGAGAUACCGCUGAAUGACAUGACCAUGGUAGACAGGCAUGAUAGACAUAGAGAGGAGGAAUUCACUGGAUGAGGCCACGUUCUUCUCGUGACCAAUAUUGAUAGAAAGCGCAUAUAGAUCAAACAAACGUGUACCAAACAUGAACCCAGGGCGGCGAGCCGCGCG